AUGGAUCGGGCGAAUGCGGAAGCGAGAAAAAACAAAAUUGAUGAUCGCAUGGUUCAGAGGUGCAUUGGAGUCGUGGCGAAGGCUGAAAAUAGGGUUGCAAUUAGAGCAAACGACAAUUGGAUUUCCAGUGUCCGUUUUCUCUCCGAUAUCGUGAGCAAUGUUGUCUGUUUUCGGAGAAAUCGCGCAUUUAUACCCACCAAAUGCUCACGCAUACUCAGAGACGGGUUGAAUUCAAAGAUGGAAUACUCGGAAUCCACGAAGAUUGUGUUUCAGAGAAUUCAGAAAUUCGACCCUGAAAAUGUUUCCAAGCUCAUGGGGUAUCUCCUGUUCAAGGAUCAAGGAGAACUAGAAAUGAUUAGGCUGGCCUUUGGUCCGGAUUUUAUGAUCCAGAACCUGAUCGAUCAGCUUAAGCAUGAACUUGGAAUUGCCCUGAAGUCAGUUUCCUCAUCUCAUGCUUCCUCUUCACAACCCUCACGUCCUGCCUCAAACCUUCCUACUAACUUCACUCCUUUUGUACCUGCUUCAUCCCGUCUACCUGCACUGGCUCCUCUUCCAGCCAACAAUGCCCAGUGGAUUCCCCAAAUCCCUCAUGCCCAGCAAUUAAUGCCUAAUGCUCCAUUUUUUCCUACACCAGGCUUUGUAAAUCCAGUAGCUGUAAAUCCGGCAGCCACAGGAUUCGGUGUUCUGAAGCAACCUCAGUUACCUCCUUUGGAAGAUCAGUUAGGAUCUCUCAAUUUAGCUGGUACAUAUGGCCCUCCGCAGAGCUACAAUCCUGAUCUUGCUUUACAUCAAACUGUCAAUCAAAAGGCUCCAACCGCAUCUCCUUCCUGUCCAGACACACCUGAGAUAGACUUGAAGAUUUGUGAAAGCUUCCAAAGUGGAUAUUGCGAGUAUGGUGGUGACUGCAAAGACUUGCAUGUCAUUAGAACCGAAAGUGGUUAUUAUAUGGUUCUGAACACCCCUAUAGAUGAAAAGGCGCUGAGUAGCAACCCUAACUUGCCCCAUGGAGACCUUAGACAGCUUGAGAUAGAUUUCAUUGACAUUCUGAAAUCUAGAAGAGGGAUUCCUGUUACUAUCUUGUCUUUGCCAUUUAUAUACUUCGAUAGGUAUGAGAAGGUCCUUCAGCUGGAACCUUAUAUAGCCGAAGCUCGGGCGCAAGGGUUCACUGGAGACGCAAACGACUUUCUUGCUCAAAUGUCAAAGAGCUUUUGUGUGAUCAACAGGCCGUACGGCAUGCAAUCUAUUAUCUUGGAGGAUGACAUUCCCAAGUACUUGAAAUUUGUUGAAGAAGCAACAGAGCAGGACCCAAUCGGAGCUUGCUCCCACCAGAUUUAUCUGACGUAUCCCCCGCAAAGCGAUUUUACCGAGCAGGAUGUUCAUAGUUAUUUCAGCCAUUUCGGCCCUGUCAAAGAAAUUCGGAUUCCUGUCCAGGAGAAGAGGAUGUAUGGAUUUGUCACGUUUGCAUGUCCGGAGACAGCUGCUCUGGUCCUGUCAAAAUCCAAUCCUCACCUUAUACGUGGAGCACAAGUACUGGUCAAGCCAUAUCAGCACAAGCGAGCGACGCCCCCUGAGAGAAAGCCGGAACAGAAAGUGCAGCUUCAUGCUUCUGCCGAACCGUACAUUCCUUUGAGUCUCAGUUCACUCAGGAAGGAGCAUGAACUGCAGGGCGACUACAAGAUGAAGCACGUUGGUGCUUCAUCGAGCCAGGGUCGCCCCCCAGCUGGCCAGACUUCGGGCAGCUCUGGCUUUCCGGAAGGUCCUUACAUCGAUGAUUACUAUGUUUUCUCUACGCCAAGCAGCUACAGCAACAGGGAAGCGCAGUUCGAUCCCGGCUACAGCGCUGAACUGCAGAGUUUCAAUGGCAUAGACCUCCCGGAGAGCCCAUUUUCCAUUUGA